UUCCAGAAACCACAAGUCUUUGCAAAAGCCGAUAGUGCGCUGUUUGUUCGUGUGAAGAACAACCUACCGGCACUGCAGAAGGUGUAUCGAAUUCCAUGGUGGUGCCCAUUUGGUGAUGUACAAACGAUAGUAAAUGGUGCAUUGAGGAAAUGUCCUUUGUUGCCUUUUGUCAGGGAAGUAAUUGAAUUUGCCGAUGGUGGUGCAUUGGGGAUCGAUUGGCUUUUUGCGGAUGACUGCAAGGAAGAUGCUCCAAUAGUGCUUUUCCUACCAGGAAUAACAGGGUCGACCCGUGAUUGUGCGUAUAUACUAUAUCCAGCUCAAGAAAUUUAUGCUCGUAAAUGGAGAGUUGUAGUAUAUAACCCUCGUGGGCUUGGAGGCGUUCAUCUGCGGAACAAAAUAGCCUACAACUCUGUGCGUCAUGAUGAUGUUGCCGAGGUCAUACAACGAAUUUCAUCGAGAUAUCCUAACGCAAAGAUUGUUGGUUGUGGUUUUAGUAUGGGCGGAAUGGUUCUAUGGAACUAUCUGGCAACAUGCACAGCUGAAUCUGCGGUACUAUCAGGUGCUAUGAUUGUUUCUGCUCCUUUUGACCCGUUAUCGACAACAACUUCCUUGGAGGUAUACGUUACUUUUCGGAUAGUUCACUUCUUCGCCUUCUUGAAAAAUUUCAUUUUUGGAUGUUCCAGGUACCGAGAACACUUUGAAAAUCACGAAAUGAUGAAUUUCAACAACGUUUUAAAAUCGGUAACCAUUCGAGAGUUCGAUACUCACUUCACAGCCCCGCUUUUUGGAUACGAUUCCGUGGAUCAUUACUACAAUCAUGCAGCGCCCAAUAAAAAAGUCAAAAAGAUUCCUGUUCCAACGCUUUGCCUAAAUGCUGACGACGACUGCUUCAGUCCUCGUGAAGCAAUUCCAACGGAAGAGAUGAAAGAAAGCGAGAUGGUUGUUGGUGUAGUGACUCGUGGCGGUGGUCAUACAGCGUUUCUGCAGGGCUUAUGCCCAAAUAAUAGCAGCUUAGUGAAUCAGAUUCUGGUUGAAUGGGCAGAUAUGCUCAUAAACAAUCUGCAAUAG